AUGGCCGACUCGACGCGUCACAUCGGUCUGCCGUUCAGCGUGCCCUCUGUCGAUACGACAGUGUCCCACAGGCGAGCAUCCACUUCCACAGCAUCAUCUCAAGACGAUUCCGAUCCCCUGUACAAUCGCAGUCGCAGUCGCCCUGGAACGAGGAGCACCGCUGCGAUCAAGAUGAGGGGCGAUGAUGCGCAGCGUCGAGAUCAAGAGGCAGGAGAAUCGGAUGACGAUGCGACGCUGCACAGCAUCAGCAUGCACAGCUAUCCUCCUCUGCCUCAGCACACUGGCGUGCGAGGAGAAGGGUACAAGGAUGAGGAGGAGGAUGAGGGUGAGGCAGAGGAGGCAAGAGGAUUGCUGCGAGGUCAAGAUGUGGACGUGGAGCGACAGUCGGGCGCCGCACAUCGAUCCGCUUUAGCUGCAGCGACGGAAAAGGUGAGCGGGCGUGUGACUCGUAAGCGCCCUGCCUCCCCUCUCGCCCACAUGCUGACCAACACGUUUGCCUCCCCUCCCCUUCUUUUGUUGCAGAUACCUGCCAUAUCGGGCGCACAGACGACUCGACGCAAGGGUCUGAUGCUCAUUUGCUUGGUCUUGGUCGCCUUGCUAGCUGCCAUUCCCAUCCUCACAUGGCUCUCCAGCGGCUCCUUGAGUCGCGUCGUCGUGCUCAUCAAGCCAGACGAAGCAUGGACGCUGCCAUUGUACGCACAUCCCAACUCCGCCCAUUUCAAGCUGGCCAAAUUCAGCGCUUCGAGCAACGAUGCAGCUGGAUCAUUUGGACUGGCGAAUGCGGAUCAUUUCAACUUUGACUAUGCGGUGCCUGGAUGGAAGGACGCAGAAGCUGCAGCUAGACUCAACGUUGUUAGCCUACCUGCCGGAGAGACGGGCAAGAAGCUUCCUAGCAUGGAAGAGCUUUUCAACGGCACCUUUUCCCACGAGCUUGGCGAUCUCAAAUGGUCCAAGGAGGGUGAGUGGACUCGAGCAGGCGUGUAUGCGCUUCGCUUCGCUCCGCUCACACAAGGUCCCCUCCCCCCCCCCGGCAGAUCCCGAUGUGGGCGUGUUUACGCACGUCGAUCCUGCGACGCACGACAUUAUCGUGCAAGAUGUCACGCAUCUGCGCAAAGAAAAGACGGGGAAAGGCGAGGUGGCCAAGGGAGGCGGCAAGGUGACCUACGUCAAGGGCGAUGAUGUGCUCGAUGUGAGUGGCCGCGCGGUCGUGUGAGAAAAGGCAUUUUGACGCGUUUGCCCUGCAUGCCAUGCACAGAAUCACGGCAUGAAAUUGAAGUGGAGCGACUUUUUAAUCAGCCCGGACAUGAUGUUUGUGCUCUUCAUCACCGACAGGUCCCAUCAGUGGCGCUAUUCAACUCGUUUCAAUCUCUGGCUGUAUGACCUCACCACCAAAAAGACUGUGCCAAUAGGUGGUGGCCCUCACUAUCCGGCCAAGACAUCAGCUGCAUCUUGGGCUCCCAAAGGCAACUUUCUUGCAUAUGUGCAGGACAAUGACUUGUACACCCACGAGCCUGGAGGCCAGCCGCACAGGAUCACCCAGGACGGCACAAAGGACAUUUUCAACGCCGUUCCCGAUUGGGUGUACGAGGAGGAGGUGUUCAACAGCGAAUCAGUCUAUUGGUGUGAGUGAUUGGUCGCUUCGAACAUGGCUCCCGAAUGCAGCUCAAAACUUGCUCGACCUGCUCGAUCAGGGUCCCCGUCGGGCACGAAGCUGGCAUAUUUGCGUCUCGACGAGACUGCGGUAUCUGUCUACUCGUUUCCGAUCUACAAUCCAGACAAGUGGACCACAGGUCUCACAACGCCAUACCUCACCAGCACCUCGAUGAAGUAUCCCAAACCCGGAUUCCCAAAUCCCACCGUCAGUGCCCACGUCGUCGACGUCGCCGCCGUGCAAAAAGGAGCAUCUGCUGUAGACGCCAUCUCUGAGUUGCUCAGCCCCAAAGUGGGCCAGGGCGGACAAGCAAAUGCCAACGAUACAAAGGUGGAUGAAGAUUUGCAAAAGGAGCGGCUCAUUACCGAAGUCACCUGGACCGGUGCGGACGAGGUUCUGCUGCGCGAGACGAAUCGCGUUAGUGAUCGAGCUCGCUUGCUGAGGUUUGUGCUCAACAGCGAGGCGAUCCUCGGAAAGUCCGUCACUGGAACUGUCGUCAGGCGCGACAAUGGUCGCACGAAGCUGCAUUUGGGAGGAGGCUGGAUCACAGCUGUGAGUCGUGAUCGCGAACACCACGUGCGGCUUCUGAGGAGCGUCAAGGUACGCUACUCACCCUUUUUUUUCUUUUCUUUUUUCUCGCCGCACUCCAGUUCCAGGAGAAGCAGCCGCUGGGAGCGAUGGACCUCGCGCUUCAAAGCACGGCAUACUUGGACAUUCUUCCUACCAAGGGAGGCUUUAGACACCUCGCAUUCUUUGCCAAUUCUAGUGUGGAGCAGCCCCUUUUCAUCACCCAGGGAGAGUGGGAGGUGGAUCAGCUGCUACAUGCAGAUCUCAAGCGGCAGCGCGCGUGAGUGGUCGCACUUGGCAGAGCGAUGUAGUUGCAUUCGAAAAGACCUCGCUUACGAUGCGCACCCGCAGAUACUUUUUGGCUGCGAGUCCCACACCUUCUCAGCGGCAUGUGUACCUGGUCGGCUUGCCAGAUAUCACUUCACAGCAGACGCUCAGCCGGUACAGGAUUCGCCCGCCUAUUCCCUUGACAGACAUCCACAAGCCGGGAUGGCAUUCUGCCUCCUUCGACCCCAAGGGAGCGUACUACAUUCUCACCAAGCAAGGUCCCGAUGUGCCAUCCGUCCGAGUGCUUGGUCUCGACGAUCCCAAGUUCGAGCUGGUGCUGCAGGACAAUGCGGACCUGCGGAAAACGUUGACCAGGUACGUGGCGCCUUCGAACGUCUUUUACACAAUCCAGGUGGGAGACAAGAAGGACGUCAUUGUCAGCGUGCGCGAAAUACGUCCGCACGAUUUCGAUGCCAGCGGACAGACGCGCUAUCCCGUCUUGGUCAACGUGUAUGGCGGACCAAACUCGCAGACGGUCAAGUCCGAAUUCGAUCUUGCCGGUUGGCAUACCUAUCUGGCGACGUCGCUCGGCUACGUCGUCAUCAACAUCGACGGCAGGGGCACGGGCUUCCGAGGCAGGCACUAUCGCUGUCGCGUCACAAAUCGUCUUGGCGUGUACGAAACGGACGAUGUGGUGGACGCGAUGCGAGAGAUUAGAAAGUUGCCCUACGUCGAUGAGAGCAGGACAGGAAUCUGGGGCUGGAGCUAUGGAGGCUAUUUGACCAGCAAAGUUAUUCAAGCCGACUCGGGCAUGUUCGGUCUCGGCAUGGCUGUAGCGCCGGUCAGCAAGUGGGAAUUUUGUGAGUCGCAGGCAGCCCGCGCAAUGUGCGCAAGAUUGUUUUUUUUUUUUGCUGAGCCAGCUGUGUUUAGACGACUCUAUUUAUACGGAGCGGUACAUGAAGAUGCCCUCGCAAAAUCGUGCAGGCUAUGCAAACUCCUCCGUGAUGAUCUCGGACGGCUUCCGCCAUGCUCGAUACUUGCUGGCGCAAGGCUCAGGCGACGAUAAUGUCCAUUUCGAGGUGCGCUGCGGUGUUUUGCUCUUUAUUGCCAUGCCAUGCGCGUGCUCACAGUCUGCUCGCGUCUUGCACCCUGCACAGAGCUCGGCUCACCUUCUCGAUAUCCUCACCAAAGCGCAGAUCCGAAACUUUCAGUUUCGCAUGUUUACGGACUCGGCGCACUCGAUCAGUGUGCGCGGCGCGUACCGAGAGCUGCACGAGUUCCUCAUCCGCUUCUUGGUCUCGAAUUGGGGGCCAGGCGGACUGCGAAAGUUUGAUAGUCACGCAACGCGCAACGACUACAACAGACGAUCUAUCGAGGCGCGCGUGAGCAUGAGCGACGAGGAACGUCAAAAGAGGGACAUGGAGUGGGUGCGACGGGAAGCUGCUCGUGCGAAGGAGAAAAGACGAGCAGCGGGCGCUGGAGAUUUGUGA